ACUCCCAGAGAGUCGGGAAAGCUGGAAAGAAAAAAAAAAACUCCAGCCACAAAACUGCACCAUGCGCCUCCACUCAGUGGGUUUGGAUUAAUCGCCGGGGAGGUCGAUAAUUCUGAAAUUAUAUGGACUUUUUGACAGCUUCUGAAGGAAUACCAAGUCACACACGAUGUGUUUAGUUUGUUUCCUCGCUUUUAACGACUGCCGCUGCUGGGCUCCUGUUGUGACGCUUCUCAACUACACAGGGGAAAGUGUGACAGCGGCAGCAACAUGUGGAGGAGGGAUGGACUCAGAGAUCCAGCCACCAUGGAGGUUUAAAUCCAAGUAGGAAAUCUUUUCUUGGAUCUUGCUGGAGCGAGCUGUUCGAUGUGGGCAUUCACAGACGGCAGGAUUUCCAUUUGAAGUUGAAUGAUGGCGUCACGUUGGGAUCCCACUUUUGAAGAAGAUGAGAGGCAACAAGCAAGAUCUUCUUUUUGUGAGAAUGACUGUCCAGAAGGGCGAAGUUUGGCCAAUUGUCCUGCAGUGCACUGCUCCACAGAAGAAGAGCCGUUCGCUUGGCCGAGGCCCAAAACCGUGCGUUUAUGCCGCACAUCCCAGGGGUUUGGUUUCACUUUGCGGCACUUCAUCGUGUACCCACCAGAGUCGAGCCUGCACUGCUUGCCGGAAGAAGAUCGUGGCCGCAGAGGGAGGCAGAGGAAUAGGUUAGAACCGAUGGACACUAUUUUUGUGAAACAUGUCAAGGAAGAGGGUCCUGCUCAUGAAGCUGGGCUUUGUACAGGUGAUCGAAUAGUGAAGGUGAAUGGAGCCAGCAUAAUCGGAAAAGCUUAUUCUGAGGUGAUAACUUUGAUCCAAGACAGUGGUGACUUUCUUGAGCUUUGUGUGAUGCCAAAAGAUGAGGAUGUACUGCAACUGGCCUAUUCCCAGGAUGCCUACCUGCGUGGCUACAGUAGCUACAGUGGAAAUGCUAAUCACAUCCCUGACCCGCCACCGGUAUGUUACCCCAGAGUAGACUCUAAGCCCACGGGCAUGGCCCAAGCGACAGACUCGUUGGGGCAGGUCUGCCGGGGCCCAGCAAUAUCGCUUGAUUAUGGGUAUCGUAAGGAAAUCACCGUGCCCCCUUCUCCUCGCCAGUCAUAUGCUAAAAGCCAAACAGCGGUGUGCAUGCGCAACGAUAGCAUUAGGACUGUGGUGGUUCCUCCCAACUCUGCACACGUGGGACGUGUGGUUUCGGCACACAGGGUUGAUUUCAUGGACCCUGCCUAUGUUAGGGGAAGACCUGGGUCACUGGCCCAGUAUCCUUUCCCUCGAAAGGCUGAUGUCUAUCCCAGUGGUCAGGUAACGGUUCCAUUUGCAGGUCAAGCACCUAAUUUCCCAGGCAAGCAUCAGAACAUUGAUUGGCGCACUUACCAGACAUACAGGGAGUACAUUGAUAACAAAGGCAUCCAUUCCCAUGCUAGUCGGACAAUUCAGGAGAGAUUAGACAAUUUGCGAACCGCAGAUCAGGUCUUCUUCACCGCUGCUCAUCACAUUCCCAGGGGAGACUGGGCUCCUAAAGGGAUACAGCGCAGGAGUACCUCCCAUGAACGGUCGUACCACGGACCUCCACCCCACUUUCAGGUUGCCCCACGCAGUGCUUCACAGGACCGAAUGAGGAAUUCAGAGAAAAUAAGUCAUGCAAGGAACUGGCCUCCUCGAAGUGUGUCCCAAGAUGCCCUUGUUCUGAAAGCGCGGGCUCAUUCCAUAGACUAUGUCGAACCUGUAGACCUGGCUCGGCCUAUUGAGAGGAGAGCAGGCUAUCCAAGGGCAGACCAAGGUACAAGACCCAGCAGGCAGUCCUUGCCCAGAAACGCUAUGCCCUACAGGCCUUCGGCUGGAUACAGUGGUGGCAUGAGAGCAGCACCGAACCCUUCUUUAUUCUCUAAAGGACCAGAUUCUCUUCAGACUCGCUCCUCACCCAUGCUGUCUGCCACACUUUUUGGGAAGAGUACUGAACAUUCGUUUACCGACCAAAGAGAUUCAGUCAAAGGACACCAUUUAGGCCACACCGGCCAAAAAGGUCAGAACUGGAUGCGGUCAGAAACCUUGCAGCCCUCUGAAGCAGGCGGAGACGCAGUUUUAGUUGGAGUCAGGUCUUCGUCAUGCUCUGCUACAAGGGAGGUGCCUCAGAGGCCUGCCAUCCUCACAACACCCCACCAAGAUUCUGAGAGUCAGGUCAACGGUCAAUGCCCCACAGAAACCGUGGUGGUUUUGAGGGAGAAACCUCACGGUGGAAAGAACCCCAGCCCACUGCGGCACCCCUCCUACAUCCUGGCCGUGAACGACGAAGGAGCGGACUCUACGGCAGACGUGGCAGCUUGCUGGCUUCCGAACGAUGCACGGCGAGAGAUACACAUUCGCCGCCUUGAGGAACAACGUCACACCUCCUGCUCCAGCAACUUGGACGAGUCCCUGGACUCCAUUCCAUUCAUCGAUGAGCCAGUCAGCCCCAGCGUUGACCGAGAGGCUGCUCCGAUACCUCCCUCUGCUGUGAUAUCUGUUGCACCAUCCAUAGCUACAGCACCCUCCAGUCAAGGCUCACCGUGUCCCACUAUUCGUCGACAGCUGUCACAUGACCAAGAGUCUUUGCGAAGCGCUUUGUUGGACUCAGACUCUGCUAGUAAAACAGAGCGGUCCAAGUCUUACGAUGAGGGUCUGGAUAACUAUCAGGAGGAGAGAAGAGGUUCUUCAAGCAAGCAUAUGUCCAGUUUCAGAGGCCUGAGAAAGGCUCUGGAUGGGCAUAAACCUUCUGGGGAUUCUGGAUCUCGUAGGGACUCUUCUUUAGAUACAUUUGCUGAUUCUUCCAAAGAAGGGUUGCUUAACUUCAGGCAGUUUAGCACAGAGAAGAAUAAGCGCGUUGGUGGAGGCAUGAGAUCCUGGAAACAAAUGUAUGCUGUUUUACAAGGCCACACCCUGACCCUCUACAAAGACAAGAAGGAUGCUUUGUCUCACGCCUCAUCGCAAUCUGACGAGGACCCGCUCCGAAUUAGCAUCAAGGCCUGUCUGAUUGACAUCUCCUACAGCGAAACAAGACGCAAGAAUGUGCUGCGAUUAACCACCUCAGACUGCGAGUAUCUGUUCCAGGCAGAGGGGAGGGACGACAUGCUCUCAUGGAUCAGGGUCAUCCAGGAAAACAGUAACCCAGAUGAGGAGAAUGCUUCUGUUACUAGCCAGGAUUUGAUCAGUAGAAAGAUCAAAGAAUACAACAUGAUGAGUGCUCCCAGCAGCAGAUCAGAACCUUCCCCGAAAACCUCGCGGCAGUCGCUCAGCAUCAAGCAAGCCUUUCUGGGAGGAAGGUCAGAAGGACGAAGCCACAGCUCCCAUUCACCCCGAACGGGAGAGGAGCGAAGGGCACUGAAAGAUGACUCAAGUCCACCUCGAGACAGAGCUUGGAAAAUCGGCAUAGCCGGAAUCAUGAAGAAACCAUUUGAAAAAAAGCAAGCUGGCAUCACUUUUGGUGUCCGGCUUGAAGAUUGUCCACCAGCUCAAACUAACAGGUUUGUUCCUCUGCUCGUGGAGGUGUGCUGUAAGGUGGUAGAGGAGCGAGGACUGGAAUACACCGGAAUCUACAGAGUUCCUGGAAACAACGCUGCAAUUUCUAGCAUGCAGGAGGAGCUCAACACCAAAGGCAUGAGUGACAUUGACAUCCAGGAAGAUAAAUGGAGGGACCUCAACGUGAUUAGCAGUCUAUUAAAGUCAUUCUUCCGAAAACUUCCAGAGCCUCUGUUUACAAAUGAAAUGUAUGAUAAAUUUAUUGAAGCCAGCAGAACAGAAGACUCAGUGGAGCGAUUAAAGGAGCUCAAGAGGCUGAUUUAUGAAUUACCCACUCAUCACUUCGAAACUCUGAAAUUCCUUUGCGCUCACCUAAAAAGGGUUUCUGACAAUUGUGAACAGAACAAGAUGGAGCCUCGCAACCUGGCAAUCGUAUUCGGCCCGACUCUGGUCAGAACUUCGGAGGACAACAUGACCAACAUGGUCAAUCACAUGCCUGACCAGUGCAAGAUUGUAGAGAACCUCGUCCAGCAGUUUGACUGGUUCUUUAUGGAAGAUGGUAACGAGGAUCCUGUUACUGCCGCUGAGCAGGAAAGCACAGUGCAGUCUCAGCCUGUGCCCAAUAUUGGCCACCUACUUUCUAACAUUAGCCGGGUUCCUGCCUCACCCGGUGACGUUUCAGACCCGACCUGUCCUGACUCCAAUAAAUCCAAGGGCUCGUGGAUUUCAGGAAAUCAGUGUAGCAAUGAAAUGCUGCGCUCCUCCAUCUUCGCCAGCCGGAAACGCAAGAAGAAUAAAGAGAAAUCUCAACUCAGCAGUUCAGAUGAUGACCUGGACUCUGGCUUCAACAAAAAGGAGCUCCCAGAGGAGGUCCAGCAGCCUCUGUGGUCCCAGGACAGCCAGACGGAGGACGACGGUCUGAUGGAUGAAGCCAGGAAAAAAGACAAGCACAGAAGUGGGUCAGAGGAUCGGCUGGCCGAAACUAUCAGGAAAGAAUCUGAGCCAUCUGUCUCCCUCCCUUCAGAGCAUAUUUCCUCAAGCUUUCAGAUGCUACCGUACUCGUCUCCUUCCAGCUCCCCAAACCUCAACUACCGCAUGCCGAUGACCCUUCAGUCGUCUUUGUCAGACCCGCCCUCCAACUACGAUGACACUGUGUCGGACCUCGGUACGAUGAACAGCACCAGCUCGCAGGCUUCAGUGCCCAGAGUGAGGCAUAACAAGCAUGCGGCCCUGGGCACCGACGUAUGUCCUGGUGGACUGGGAGCAGAGGUUUGCUCCAUCACCUCGGAUUACUCCACCACAUCCUCCAUGACGUACCUGACCGGAGUGGAAGCUAGCACGCUCAGUCCUGAAGUGCAGUCUGUGUCGGAGAGCAGAGGGGGAGAAGACGCAGAUGACGAGAGGAGCGAGCUCAUCAGUGAGGGGCGGCCCAUGGAGACCGACAGCGAGAGCGACCUAUCCGUGUUCACUGUGGGAAAAGCUGAGCAGAGGGAACUUCCAGAGGCUCCUCGACCGCUCCCAUCGCACAGGCUUAUUGAGUGUGACACGCUGUCCAGAAAGAAAUCUAGUAAGCAGAAAACCGAAAGCGAGUCCUCGCUAGACGGAGCUCGUGGCGAAACAGAUCCCAACAGAUUGUUACAGGUUGUGGGUUCAGCGAAAGGUCGAUCCACCGGGAGUCUCAGCUCGUCAUCCCGGAGCGAACUGGAUAAAGCAGAGCCAACAUGGAAACUGAAGAUCACUGAUCGACUGAAGGUCCGCCUGCGGAUGUCUGUGGACGACAUGUUUGGUGUGGGCAGUCAGAGGAGCCGGUCCCCAGAGAGCCGCAGAAAGAAAAAGAACAUCAGACGCAGACACACGAUGGGCGGGCAGAGAGACUUUGCAGAGCUGUCCGUUCUGGGUGACUGGUCGCAGCCGGUCGGCUCGCGCUCGGAGCUGUCAGCUGUAGACCGCCUUAAACCAAAGUGCAGCUCUCAGGACUUCUCCAUCGGGGAUUGGAUUGCCCGCGAGCGCCACCGCACCAGCAACCCAGAGGUCAGCCUGGACCUCUCAGAACAGCUCGGGGCGCUGUGCAGCACAAACUCCCAGAACUCCGGUGCCUCGUCGUCUUUUGAACUGGUGCGUCAUCCUGCCGAGGCGUUAAAUGGGGAAAUCUCGCAGAGUAAAAAUCUGAGCCUGUCAGCCACCGCUCACCCACAUAAACUCACAAGUUCCCAGGUGGUCCAUUCGCGCUUCUACCAAUAUCUGUGACAGGUGUGUGUGUGAGAUGUAUUCCUGUCUCUAUAUUCUCUGUUGCGUGACCAAUGUUGAUGACUGAGCAUGUUUACAAAUGUUGUCCGGAGUGCGUCUUUUACCUGGUGUGUUCGCGGUAAUGAAAACAGAUGAAUCAUUUAUCUACCCUCUGAACAAGGCAUGGAACAAAUGUUUAUAUCUUUUUAUUUCUCAUUUUUUAAUGACAAAUUAGUCAAAGGACCUGUUGCUAACGAAACGGUGAGCUAGUGAAGUACGUUUAAGGAUGUGUGAAUGCUCUAAGGUGGAGUUGAGAUGCUAUAAGGAGGAUCUGACUUAGAAUAAUAGGAAGUAGUUUCAAAACUGAUUUUUAGUAUUGCAGAGGAACUAUUUUUGUGUUGAGAAAGUUACAAAGUUUAAAGUCAGCGAGGCUGUUGGCAACCAAAUGAAGAAUGUACAGACAUGCUUGCUGUAAUACUGACUAAAAGCUUUACAUGCUUGUUUUCACUCUAAAAUGUACAUAUUCUUAUUUUUCUGUGUACUUGAAGUGCGUUUUUGGUACAGCCUGUGUGCAACUGACUGCCUACAAGCUCUCUACUGUCAAAAGGGCCUUUCUAAAGGCACAAAGGUGACUGGACUUAUGCAAAUAGUCUGUACGGUUCAUGUUCAUCCCUGCUGUAUGGAUUAAAAAAGCAGUGAGCAUCAUCCCUUUGAUGGACGUGUUGAGCUGUUGUUUUAGACCUAAUGGUUCAUGCAUCUCUCAGUGAGCGGCAGUGGAUUGAAAUUAAACGGUAUGAGGAUCAGGACAAGAAAAGGUUCAUUACAAAAAGAAAGUGCCUCACUAUGAAAUGUUAAGGGUGCCAUACUGUCUUUGUUAAAGCUGUUGCUGUAAAUGACGUUUUUAUUGUUUUAUCGUCGACUCAGUCACUCUGCUGUAACAAAAAAUGCCGAGCUUCCAUUCUUUAGGCAUUCCUCUUUGGUCUUAAUGUUUUAUACAUCUUUAUCCUCUUGUUUUUCAUCUCUUGGUUUGAGUAGAACUUGAAUUUUAAAUAUUCAUUGUGAAAAUGAAAACAAAAAAGACUAAUUUAAAUGUACAUAUAAAUGCCAUGUUUUUAGCUGCUUUACUUUGCAUCUCCAUCAGAUCACAGGAUUCAAGUACAGUAUUGUGAAACUGAUGAUGAUGAUGGGGGGGGAGAUGUGGGCAGUUUGGUACUCCUUUGUGGAGAGAGGUUUGCUGUGGGGAGGAGGAGGGAUAUUUCAUCAAGCUGGAUUAUUUGUAAUAAAUAUGAUGUUCCUCAGAUUGUGAAGGAUGUGCACAGACUCCUGAAACACUGGAAAUAAAUUUUCUUAAUGGUACAAAUUCA